GCCGUGGAAGAAGAAUGCGUGAGUAGUGAACUAAAAGACGUGAUAUGCAAGGAAAUUACAAAGGUACUACUGUCGGGCCCUGUAAUUGAUCAGAUUGUUGACUCUGUAUAUGAAACUGUGUGUAAGAGAUUCGAAGAAAAAAUCUCACAAAAUGUGCAUGAUGGAAUGCUACUUGAACUUGAAAGCAAGAAAAGAGAGGUGAAAGACGUGAAAGAUAAAAUGGAUGCCUCGACAGGGAAAGGGCAGCAAUCGAAUACCUUGAACAAUAUACUAGACGCAACUCGUUGCGGAUAUACGGAAUACCAGAAUCUCAAAACGAAAAUACUGAUAACAUUGCCCUCAAUUUGUUCAAAGAUAAGUGGGAUCUUGACCUCAUUCCUACAGAUCUGGGCAAAAGUCAUCAAGUGACACCUCGCCCACGAACAGAUAAUGGCCAAUUCCGUGGCUCAGAAAAUCGUCCGAGAGCUGUGAUAGUGAAGUUUGUCCGCUACAACAUGAGGAUGUUGGUCUACCAAGCCAAGUCGAAACUUCGAGGAUCCAAAAUAUACAUCAAAGAGGAUCUAACUUCAUCAAGACAGGAGAUAGUCGGUGCCUGUGUCAACAAAAUCAAAGAGAAGCGUGUAAAACGUGUCUGGACACAGGACGGCCGCGUUCUUGUCUUGUCAACUAACGACAAGUUAAUCACCAUCAGAGAUCUCCGUCCUGUUGAAUCUUUAUUAUGAACAAGAGACGAACAAAGAUUCGUCUGAUAGUAAUGUCAAGUCAAGAUGUGGCAUUCGAGGACCAUCAAGAAUGUUUGGCGGAAAACAUGUUUUUCUUCUUAUCAUCUCGACACUGGUAAUAAUUCAAGAUGUCAACCGCUGUUGGGUUACGGCAGAUGAGCUUCCGAUCCAGCACGGCGUCCUCUUUGUCGGUGUCGGCUAUAACAUGAUAGAUGGUAACCCUGAAGGGGGUGACUUACAAACUGGAGGCGUAGAUCCAGGUAUAUUGAUCAGUCGACGGAUCUUCAAAUUCACUUAUGACCAAGGGCAAACAACUUCUGACCUGACGAGUCGCAUUCCCGACGAGAUAUCGUUCGUACGGCGAGACAGUGCCUUUUCAGAAUCAUCACUGUCAACGUUUCAUGGUACAAAAAGUUACGCUUCCAAACUCGCCGCUCAAGUUGAAGUAACAGGUGGAUACGAAGGUGUCAUGGCCGAGGUCCAAUUCGCUGCAAGUGCCCGUUAUCAACAAGUGGCUGACAAAACGUCAGGUGAAGGAUCUGUGUUUCUAAGUAACGAGACAAUCACAAACCUUGGACAAGCACGUUACCGGACGGAACUUGCGCUCACCGGGAAGCAUUUACUCUCACCCGGCUUUGUGGCUGCCGCCUGCCGCCUUCCACAGACCUACACGGAAGCAGAUUAUAUGGAAUUCAUGGAAGACUGGGGAACGCAUGUCAUCGAAGAGGCUAAUUUGGGAAUUAGGGAAGGUGAAAACUUGGAAGAAAAACGAUCAUCCUUCGUCAAUUACGCAGCUCAAAAUGUUGAAGGAAGCAUCUCAGCUUCAGGAGCCUAUGCUGGCUUCAGUGCUUCCUUAUCGGUUGAUAUGGAAUCAUUCAAUAGCGCAAUGGACAGUGAAACUAAGUUUGGCAGCAGUUCUUCAAAGUACAGAAUCGGAACCAAUGAAUUAAACGAGCCCAUCAGCCUAAAACUGAUUGCCAUGCCAGAGAUCUUCGUAAACGACUACUGGACGGGAUUAGAUGACUAUAUAUCUGAAGGCCACUGCACCGCCUCUUUUGAUCUGGAGAGCGUGAAACAAAAUAUGGACCAGGCUUUAUCGAACUACGGCGAAUGGCGUGAAAUAGAUAGGAGCACAAAUCCAGUCAUCCAAAUACCUCUAACGUGGCCGGAUGGGGUCUACGGUCUUCCCAAGCCCUACAACGGUUGCCCUACUACUGAUUGGGACGAGGGAUCUCGCAUUCGAUUUUAUGGCCCAAAAGAUGAACGAGAAAACAAAUGGAGCAACGUUAAUCUUUUUGCGGGUUAUAGCAUAUCAUCGGUUUAUUCGAGACAAGAGUUUUGCAUAAAGACUGUAUCUAGCAUUCCUGGUUCUAGAUGGCAAUGGCAACCUGGAUCUUAUUGCAUCUACCAAUUUGAUUCGACAUGCCCACAAAGCUUCACAUCUAGUAGCAUAGAUUGGGGUUACCCAGAUAAUGACGCCACAUUUGGCAUGACUGAGGGCGUUCAACCUUCUGGGACAGACACUGCAAUCAACUUUUGCUGCCGGAAUGAUAACGUUGUUUCACAGAAAAUACACCUCCCCGUUGAUUCCAACUUCAUGCUUUUAUCACGCUUUGGUAAAUGUCAAAUGGUUCAUGGUAUGUCGGUGAAGAAGGAAUCGAUCUACUGGCCGACUGAUGGCAAGUCCAUAGUAUCUGGAGAUAAUCCUAGCGACGGUUUGUAUAACCAGGGCGUGCGACUGAUCUACUGCUACUACUACCAUAGUGACUCAGAUAUCCAAUUCUCACGUGUAGCACAGACGGAUCGAUUCAUAUCUGAGCAUAAUCGAUUCGUCGAACUUAUUUUUAAGAUUGCUGCUGGCGAAUUUAAUUAAUUAACCAAGUUUACUUAAGUUAAGUUUUGUUUUGGUUUCUAUUGUUUUUCUGUUUUGUUUUAGUUUAGGUUUAGCAUGAUUGUAGCUACUUUCGAAGAAUCAAUUCAAGAGCAAUUUCAAUACCCUAUUGUUUAUCCCAUAAAAACUUUUUCGGAUUACUCAAUCCGUCAUUGUCAUGUUUGCAAAUUUCAAUAGGCGAAGCAAAAGAAUAUUUAAUUUAGGUGGGUUUUUUUAGGUUCAAUCGAAUGUAGUUGCGAACGUGUUAUUUAUUUUGUUAAACUUCAACACAAUCUUAAAGAGAAGAUUGAGUUCUGGGAAGAGGUGACAAAUAAUUUGUGAGCGUUGUCAUUGUUAUUACGCAA